GUUUUCAGAUUUAGGAGAAGUGAUUGUGCAGAAUGGCUAGGACCAAGCAGACCGCUCGUAAGUCUACUGGUGGCAAAGCCCCUCGCAAACAAUUGGCCACUAAAGCUGCUCGGAAGAGCGCGCCUGCCACUGGGGGAGUGAAAAAGCCCCAUCGUUAUCGCCCCGGCACUGUAGCCCUGCGAGAGAUCCGCCGCUACCAGAAAUCUACUGAGCUGCUCAUCCGCAAGCUGCCCUUCCAGCGCCUGGUGCGUGAAAUCGCCCAGGAUUUCAAGACCGAUUUGCGCUUCCAGAGCUCGGCCGUUAUGGCUCUGCAGGAGGCUAGUGAAGCAUAUCUGGUUGGUCUCUUCGAGGACACCAACCUGUGUGCUAUUCAUGCCAAGAGAGUCACUAUUAUGCCUAAAGACAUCCAGUUGGCUCGGCGCAUCCGUGGGGAAAGAGCUUAAAGACCCCCUUUUGCAACCACUUAAAAACCCAAAGGCUCUUUUAAGAGCCACCACAUUUACACGAAAAA